AGACUCCAGACUCAACUGUACCCAGCGGUGUAUCCUUCAAGAGUGACAAGUCAAUGGGUCAUCCACCUAAGUUCAGCGAGGAAGACGCUUCUACUGAUCAAAGUGUCCAGUCUCCCCAGAGUCAUCAAAUGGACCUGUCCUCCAUAUUCAAGUCGGUUGAAGCCAACAUCAUUACUUUUAUGAAGAGUGAGUUGAAGAGGGUCGAGAGGCUUCUGAGUCCAUGCUCUGAGAGUCAGGGAGAAGAUGAGGAAGUGGUGGACAGUGAAGAUGAGAAGAAGCAGAAGAGUGCCAGAGAGGCGGCUCUGAAGAUCACACUGCACGUCCUGACGAACAUGGAUCAGAAGGAGCUCGCUGACACACUGGAGAAAAGUAAGAACUCUAUGCCUUUAGUCUUCAAUGCCUCAUGGGUCGUUCUUGAAAUGCAGUGGCAUUUGUGUCCCUCGCCUUUGCAACCUAACAUGUUAACAUUAAUGCUAUCUAAAUUGUCAGGUCUUUUGGGUGAGCUUACUGUGUGCCAACUUAGACUCAAGUCCAACAUGAAGAGGAGGUGUGAGCGUGUCUUUGAGGGAAUAGCAAAACAGGGAAACCCAACACUUCUCAAUAAGAUCUACACAGAGCUCUACAUCACAGAAGGUGGAAGUGGACUGGUCAAUAAGUUACAUGAAGUGAGACAGAUUGAGACGGCAUCUAGAAGAGCAGCAACACAAGAGAUACCAAUCAAGUACAACGACAUUUAUAAAGCCUUACCUGGACAAGACAAACGUAUCAGAACAGUGCUGACAAAGGGAGUCGCUGGCAUUGGAAAAACAGUCUCCGUGCAGAAGUUCAUUCUAGACUGGGCUGAAGAAAAAGCGAAUCAUGAUGUCCACUUGAUAUUUUCUCUCCCUUUUCGAGAGCUGAAUCUGAUGAAGAAAAAACACAGCUUGGUUGAACUUCUCAAUCACUUCUUCAUAGAAACCAAAGAAUCAGGGAUAACAGACUUUGAAAAGUACAAAGUUAUGUUUGUCUUUGAUGGUCUGGAUGAGUGUCGACUUCCUUUAGACUUCCAGAAUAAUGAGAACUGUUGUGAUGUCAUAGAGCCAACUUCAGUGGAUGUCCUACUGACAAACCUCAUCAAGGGAAAUCUGCUUCCCUCUUCUCUCCUCUGGAUCACCUCUCGACCUGCAGCAGCCAAUCAGAUCCUUCCUGAGUGUGUUGACCGUGUGACAGAAGUACGAGGGUUUAACGACCCACAGAAAGAAGAGUACUUCAGGAAGAGAAUCAGUGAUGUGAACCUGGCCAACAGAAUCAUCAAGCAUUUGAAGUCUUCAAGGAGCAUUUACAUCAUGUGCCACAUACCAGUCUUCAGUUGGAUUUCAGCCACAGUUCUCGAAGAAAUGUUGCGUGAAGCAGAGAGCAGAGAUUUGCCCAAGACUCUGACUCAAAUGUACUCACAAUUCCUGGUGUUUCAGACCAAACAGAGUGGUCAGAAGUAUCUUGGAGAUCUUGCAUUGGAUCAUUAUUGGAACAAAACUACCAUCCUGGCACUGGGAAAACUGGCUUUUCAGCAGCUGGAAAAGGGCAAUCUGAUCUUCUACGAGGAAGACCUGAGAGAGUGUGGCACUGAUGUCACAGAAGCAUCAGUGUACUCAGGAGUGUGCACAGAGAUCUUUAGAGAGGAGUUUGGGCUGCACCAGGAGAAGGUCUACUGCUUUGUGCAUCUGAGCAUUCAAGAGUUUCUGGCAGCUUUAUUUGUGUUUCUCACAUUCAACAAUGACACUGUAAAUGUAAUGUCUGAACACAAAACAACCAGGAAACUUCAGACAUCCAAAGACACAGCUGCAACAAUCCUCUACAAGAGGGCAGUGGACAAGGCCUUACAGAGUGAGAAUGGACAUCUGGACCUGUUCCUCCGCUUCUUUCUCGGUCUCUCACUGGAGUCCAAUCAGACUCUCCUUCGAGGCCUACUGACACAGACAGGAAGCAGCUCAGAGACCAAUGAGAAAACAGUCAGAUACAUCAAGGAGAAGAUCAGGGAGAAUCCCUCUCCAGAGAGAUGCAUCAAUCUGUUCCACUGUCUGAAUGAGCUGAAUGACCAUUCACUAGUAGAGGAGAUCCAAAGCUACGUGAGCUCAGGAAGUCUGGCCAAAGAAGAACUCUCUCCUGCACAGUGGUCAGCUCUUCUCUUUGUGUUACUAACUUCAGAAGAGGAGCUGGAUGUGUUUGACCUGAAGAAGUACAUCAGAUCAGAUGAAGGUCUGGUGAGGCUGCUGCCAGUGGUCAAGGCUUCCAGAACAGCUCUGCUGAAUGGAUGUAACCUCACAGAGAAAUGCUGUCAGUCGUUGGCCUCAGUUCUCAGCUCAGACUCCUCAAACCUGAGAGAGCUGGACCUGAGUGGCAAUGACCUGCAGGAUUCAGGAAUGGAGCUGCUCUCUGCUGGACUGAAGAAUCCACUCUGUCCACUGGAGAAACUCAAGCUGAAGCAAUGUAACAUCAAAAACAGUAAAGCAUUGGCUUCAGUUCUCUGCUCAAACUCAAGUCUGAUAGAGCUGGACCUGAGUGACAAUGACCUGCAGGAUUCAGGAGUGAUACAACUCUCUGUUGGACUGGGGAAUCCAAGUUGUAAACUAAAGAUACAACUCUCUGUUGGACUGGGGAAUCCAAGUUGUAAACUAAAGAGACAACUCUCUGUUGGACUGGGGAAUCCAAAUUGUAAACUAAAGAUACAACUCUCUGUUGGACUGGGGAAUCCAAGUUGUAAACUAAAGAUACAACUCUCUGUUGGACUGGGGAAUCCAAGUUGUAAACUAAAGAUACUAAGGCUGUCAUUCUGUGGAGUCACAGAGGAAGGUUGUGCUUUUCUAGCUUCAGCUGUCAGCUCAAAUCCCUCCCACCUGAGAGAGUUGGACCUGAGCUACAGUAACCCAGGAGACUCAGGGAAACUGCCCGCUACUCUACUGGAGGAUCCAGACUUUAAACAGCAGACACUCAGAUGCCUGUGAGCUCACACCGGACCUCAACACCAUACACCCUCAACUGUACCUGACUCGGGGGAACAGGAAGGUGGUGCAUGACUCCAAAAGACGUCAGAUAAACUAUCCUGAGCAUCCAGAGAGGUUUGACCAGUGGACUCAGAUGCUGUGUAGAGAGCCGCGAGCAACUGCAGCCCCUCAUGAUGAGUUCAGAUUUUUUGUGGCCCCCACCCUUAUAAAAGUUGCCCAUCCCUGCUCUAAAUCAUUGACAGGUGGCAGCAUUGACUUAUGGCAUAAAUGUGUCUUAAAUAAAUUAAUCAAUAUUAUUUUUUAAAGAAUAUCCAGCAAAUAAUUUGUAUACAGGGAGGGAGGAAAUAUGGUCACUAUGCGGACACAGUGGACGGAUGAGGGACACAUUUUAAUAGCAUGUGUAGACGCAUAUCUGAAAAUGUGGGCUCAAUCAGAAUGUGGACAAGGAUGCAUGUUAGAGCCAAGUAUGAACAAGGCUUUAGUUGCCUACAUAGAGUAGAAAUCUGGACGGAUUUACAAGUGUAACCACAGCAAUGGUUAGCUGGACCAAUUGGAGACAUAGUGAAAUAUGGACAGAGCCUGACUUCAGGACUUCAAAUCAGUAGAAGUGAUUUUUUCCCCUGUGUUUUUAGUGUAAAUAGCCUUAAGAAAUGCUGUAGGAAAAAUCUAAAUGUUUAGUAGUUUGUGGUUGUUAUUUUAUUAUUGUGGUUUGUAUAUUUGAUUAUAGGUCUACAGUGCAUUUGGAAAGUAUUCAGACCCCUUGAUUUUUUCCACAUUUUGUUACAUUACAGCCGUAUU